UAAUUUUCCUAGGGAGAUAUCAGGGACAAUAUUUUCUCAACAAAAUAAAAAAGCCCCGUCCUUGUAAAUAAAAGAAAGAAAGGAAAAUAAAGAAAGAUUGAAUGAAAUGGAGAAGAGGCGUCUGAGUUGGAACAACAAGUGGGUGACGACAGCGGCGAGCAUAUGGAUCCAGUGUCUCGUGGGUGCAUCGUACACCUUCGGAAUCUACUCCUCCGCUCUCAAGUCCAGCCAGGGCUACAACCAAUCCACUCUCGACACCGUCUCUGUUUUCAAGGACAUCGGUGCUAACGCCGGUAUCUUAUCCGGUCUCCUGUACGACGCCGUUACGACGCAACGAUGGCGUUCGUCGUUCCUCGGCAGGUGGGUGAGUGGGCCUUGGGUUGUCCUGGCGACUGGAGCAGCCCAAUUCUUCGUGGGUUACUUCUUCAUGUGGGCCGCCGUCGCCGGCCUCAUUUCCCGGCCUCCGGUUAUCGUCAUGUGUUUGUUUAUGUUCUUCGGGGCCCACGGCCAAACUUUCUUCAACACCACUAAUGUCGUCACUGGGGCCCACAAUUUUUCUGGUUAUAGUGGUACCAUCGUCGGUAUAAUGAAGGGCUUUCUUGGUCUUAGUGGGGCAAUACAGGUUCAAUUUUAUAACAUAUUGUGCAAAGACAAUCCAAGCAAUUUUCUUCUUAUGCUUGCCCUUUUGCCCACGUUGGUCUCCAUCGUACUAUUGGCAUUUGUAAGAAUACAUGAAGCAAAUAAAGGAGAUGAGAAAAAGUAUCUGGAUGCUUUCUCUGUGGUUGCUCUGGUCAUUGUUGUCUAUCUCAUGAUAAUAAUAAUCUUGGAAAAUGUCUUAACUCUAUCAAUUUGGUCACGUAUAUCUGUCUUUGUACUUCUUCUGCUUCUACUAAGCUCUCCUCUUGGAAUAGCAAUCAAAGCACAGUGUGAGGAGUCAAAACUAGCUGUGGAAACAUCUUCAACCGAGACUAAUCCACUACUCGAAAAGUUUUACGCUUCAACAUCAUCAACGAGCUCAGCUCAUGAAGAAAGUUCUUUAAAUUAUCAUGAAGAACUACCUACUUCCGAUCAGGGUCAAGUAAAGGUUGCUACAGAUUUCACUUUGCAACCUUAUGAAGAAGAAGAAGAGAUGAACCUUUUGAAAGCAAUGGGUACUAUUAACUUUUGGUUGUUGUUUUUAGCUAUGUUUAGUGGAAUGGGUGCUGGUGUGGCCACCAUAAACAACAUGAAUCAAUUGGGAACUUCUUUUGGCUAUACAACACUAGAGAUAACAUCUUUUGUCUCUCUAUGGAGUAUAUGGAAUUUUCUUGGCCGGCUUGGAGCAGGGUACUUGUCAGAUUUUUUGCUCCAUACAAGAGGAUGGGCAAGGCCAUUGCUCAUUGCCAUCACUCAAGCAAUUAUGGCUGCUGGACAAAUUUUCAUUGCCUCCGGUGUUCGGGGAAAUCUGUAUGUUGGCUCCAUCUUGGUGGGGAUAUGUUAUGGUGCACAGUGGUCACUAAUGCCAACAAUCUGUAAAGAAAUAUUUGGUAUAAGGCACAUGGGUACUAUUUUUAACACCAUUGCCAUAGCCAGCCCUGUAGGAUCUUACAUAUAUUCUGUAAGAAUAAUUGGGUAUAUAUAUGACAAAGAAGCUUCAGAAAACAUUUGUACCGGCACUCAUUGCUUCAUGACAUCUUUUUUCAUCAUGGCAGCUGUUAAUUGUGUUGGGUGUUUGGUUGGUUUAACAUUGUUCCUUAGAACGAGAAGGUUCUAUAAGUUGGUUGUUCUCAAAAGAUUGCAGAGUUCAUCAAGACAAUUGCUGCAGUGAUCAAUAGGUAUUUAUACUUUGUUGUUUAACAAGCAAAAAGUGUUGGCACUUGGCAGAGGGAGUCACAUAUAGUAGUGCUACAAAUGGCUAGUUGUUGAUUUAUUAUGUUCACAAUUUUGUGAUUGUUGGUGAGAGAACUCUUUAUGGAUGAAAAGUGAAGGUUUCUCAUGUGUGGAUGUUUAUUGUGAACUUGGCUUUCUUGGAGUUGAAUAUGGUCAUGUCAAGCUCUCUUAUGUCUUAGCAUAAAAGGUUCAGUCGUCAUUAGCAUUUUCUGAUUUUAGAUAUCAGAUCAGGACUCUGCUAAGAUUGUUAAUUGUGUGAGUUAAUAUGGACUCAUCACCAGGUACUAUAUAUUUCUUAUUUGGUUUUGGAUUUGUUAUAAGCCUAUCUAUAAGUAUAGGUCUGUUAAAGUUUUAUGAUUUGUUUUUCAAGACUAUAAUCUGAAUGAAUGAGCAUUAGUUAUUCAUUUGCUCCCUUA